UAAACCCCAAAACCCCAAGAGGCCAAGCGAGGCGGAGAGCUUGCAGCGGUGUACACUGCGCGAGCGUGCCCUUAUCGCCACUCUGCAGCCCCGCCCCGGCACGCUCUCGCCGUCGUAACGGCAUGGCUUCUUGCUCCACUAUCACCGCCGUCCCCCAAACCAUCUCCCUGAACCUCUCCCGCAUAGCUGCCGGGACGCCUCCUCUGUGCCUGGCCUUUCCGGCCGGCAAGCUCCAGUGCAGCUCUCUCAGGGCCUUCCCUCUCUGCCGCAAUCGGCUGGGCGCUGCCGCCUCGGCUGUUGCGACUCCGAAUUCGUCUGUCCUGAGCGAGGAGGCGUUCAAGGGACUUGGCGGGUUCGGCGGAGAGUCUAUCGGUGUCGAUGACGCGGAGUACGGCUCCGAUUACGAGGUUUCGACGCCGGCUGAUGAUGAACUCGAUAUCGAGAAAUUAGGUCUUCCACAGCGGCUCGUCAAGUCUCUCCAGAAUCGAGGAAUCACUCAUCUUUUCCCCAUCCAAAGAGCUGUGCUAGUACCGACUCUUGAAGGUCGAGAUCUUAUUGCCCGUGCAAAAACUGGAACGGGAAAGACAUUAGCCUUUGGAAUACCAAUCUUAAAAAAGCUUAGUGAAGAUGAAAGAAGUUCCCAAAGGUGUGGACGGCUUCCCAGAAUGCUGGUUCUUGCCCCUACCAGGGAAUUAGCGAAACAAGUAGAGAAAGAGAUUAAAGAGUCUGCACCAUAUUUGAACACAGUUUGUGUCUAUGGAGGAGUUUCUUAUAACACACAGCAAAAUGCACUAGCUCGUGGAGUUGAUGUGGUGGUGGGGACUCCUGGUAGAAUCAUUGAUCUAAUCAACAAUGAUAGCCUGAAACUGAGUGAAGUUCAAUACUUGGUCCUUGACGAAGCUGAUCAAAUGCUUGCUGUGGGGUUUGAGGAAGAUGUGGAGGUGAUUUUAGAGAAACUUCCAUCAAGGAGGCAGAGCAUGCUUUUCUCAGCUACCAUGCCUGGUUGGGUAAAAAAGUUGGCCAGGAAAUAUUUGAAUAAUCCUUUGACAAUUGAUCUGGUUGGUGAACAUAACGAAAAGCUAGCAGAGGGAAUUAAGUUGUAUGCCAUACCAACUACUGCAACUUCAAAGCGUACUAUUCUCAGUGAUCUUGUAACGGUCUAUGCAAAAGGUGGAAAGACCAUUGUUUUUACACAAACGAAGCGUGAUGCAGAUGAAGUCUCACUGGCAUUAACAAAUAGCAUUGCUUCAGAGGCACUGCAUGGUGACAUAUCUCAACACCAGAGGGAGAGAACAUUAAAUGGUUUUCGACAAGGGAAGUUCACUGUGCUUGUUGCCACUGAUGUUGCAGCUCGUGGCCUUGACAUUCCACAUGUUGAUUUGGUUAUCCACUAUGAACUACCCAAUGAUCCAGAGACAUUUGUGCACCGCUCGGGUCGGACAGGAAGAGCGGGGAAAGAAGGCACAGCUGUUCUAAUGUUCACCAGUAGCCAGAGAAGAACAGUCAGUUCCCUUGAGCGUGAUGUUGGGUGCAAGUUUGAAUUUGUUACACCACCAUCUGUCAAGGAGGUUUUGGAAUCAUCAGCCGAGCAAGUGGUUGCUACUCUUAAUGGAGUCGAUCUGGAGUCUCUGGAGUUUUUCACCCCAACAGCAGAAAAGCUGAUCAAAGAACAAGGAACAAAUGCUCUUGCUGCUGCAAUAGCACAACUAAGUGGUUUUGGACAACCUCCAUCAUCCAGGUCUCUUAUUACCCAUGAGCAGGGGUGGGUAACAUUGCAGCUUUGCCGUGAUCCUGGAUAUCCUGGAGGGUUUUUAUCUGCUAGAUCUGUCACUGGAUUCUUGUCAGAUGUUUAUUCUGCUGCUGCAGAUGAAGUUGGAAAAAUACACUUAAUUGCAGAUGAAACGAUUCAAGGAGCAGUUUUUGACCUUCCGGAGGAGACUGCAAAAGAGCUAAUGAAUAAGCAACUACCACCUGGAAACACUAUUUCCAAAAUCACCAAGUUGCCUGCUUUACAAGAUGAUGGGCCUCCGAGUGACCACUAUGGAAGGUUUUCUAACAGGGAUAGGGGUGUCCGUGGAGGUUCAAGGGAACAAAAAUGUUUCAGAAACGCACGUAGUAGGGGUUGGAAGUCUGAUGAUGAAGGGAAAGAGUUCGGUUAUAAGCGCGGUGGUCAGAGUUCAAGAGACAGUGGUGAAGGGAAAGAGUUCGGUUAUAAGCGCGGUGGUCAGAGUUCAAGAGACAGUGGAAAUGAUUGGCUAACAGGUGGAAGACAAUCAAGGCAGUCAUCAUUUGGAAAUAGGGACAGAGGCUUUGGAGGUGCCUGCUUCAAUUGUGGGCGGACUGGCCACAAGGCAUCAGACUGCCCGAACAAGCUUGACUUUUAGUUCAGCCCCCUCUUACUUGCAUCAGGUUUUAUACAAACUUCUUGUAACCAGAAGAGGGCUUCCAGCUGCUUGAACUGCCACUUCUAGUUAUUACUGGGCAUUCAUUCACUCACAAUACUUUGGAUUCUAAACAGAGGAGGGCAUUUAGGAGGUCCACAUGGUUGGAGAAAGGCUCUGAUAAAAGUUACAGACAAGUAGCCCCUGGUCCCCUCAGCUGUUCUUUUCCCAAUGUCUGUAAUAUUAUUAGGCCCAUUAGUUUGUGAUUUUGCAAGCCAAAUAUGAAUCUGGAUUGGCCUCGGGCUUUAUUCAAUGUUAAAGAGAGUUUUUCAGGGUUUUA